AUGUAAUAAUAUCCUGCAUCAUUUGAUAGUUAUAAUACAAUGUUUAAAACAGGAAAUUUUGAUAACUUUUGUAAAAUUUUUAAAGAUAAUACAAUAGAAAAAUUAAAUGGAAGUGAUUGUGAAUUAUUAGACGAUAAGAUUUUUAAUAAAGGAUUAAAAUUAGCUAUUGUUUCAUAUACAGAAGGAGGAAUUACAGAAAAUAAUCUUAUUUUAAAUUCUUGUGAAGUUUUUAAUUUCUAAACUCAUACUUGGUAUUUUAUAUCUGAUUUAGAAAUUCCUAGAUGUACUUUUUUCUCCUUUAUAUAUGGAGAAUAUAUAUAUGUUUGUGGUGGUUAUAAUGGAAAUAAAACAAGAACCGAAAAAAUUGAAUUUUAUGAUUUCUAAAGAAAUGUUUGGUAAAUUUCAGAUUUUAAACUCAAUAGAGGCCUCGAAUGUGGAAACUAUAUAUACGUUAUAGGAGGUCGAAUAUAUGGAAAAGACGAAGAAGCAAUUCUCUAAGACUGCGAAAAGUUCAAUAUUAAGGAAAAAAAAUGGGAAAAAAUGGCAUCUUUAAACUAUAAAAGGUGUUCUUCGAGUGCUUUUGAGGUUCAAAGUAGAUUAUAUGUAACCGGAGGAUACUCAGGGGAUUAGAAAAGAGAGUGCAAGUUCGAAUUUUAUAAUGAAUAAGCUGAUUUUUGGGAACUUAUGGCUGUUUAAUUAAAUCAAGGUAUUGAAGGAGCAUUUUGCAUGUUUUUUAAAAAAAUGAGAACUAUAAAAAAUUGUUUAUUUUUGGAGGAAGAAGUUAAAAAAAUGGAGAUUCUGAUUAAAUUUUUUUAUAUGAUAUUCAAUAUGGAUUUGAUAGCUUUAAAAAUAAAAUUUGUGGAAAAAUGGAAUCAAAAAGAAGAUAUAAAAAAUUGUAAAAGAGGUGGAUGUUAAUAAAAAUACACAAAUACUGAUAACCAUCCUUAAUCAUGUCAUUUUCAUCCUGGAAAGCCGAUUUUUCACGACACAAAAAAGGGAUGGACUUGUUGUAAUCAAAUAGUAUACGAUUGGGAUGAAUUUCAAAAAAUAAAGCCUUGCGCAGAAGGCAUGCAUUGUGAUUAAGAUCCCAAUUAAUCUUUAUCGGGUUAGGACUAAUUUUAUAAAUCAAAUACUGUUGCCAAUGCUUAAAAAUCUUUGGAUAAAUAAGAGAAUAAAAUUGUCAUUUAAAAAAUAUCUGAUUUUAAUAAACAUGAUGAAAAUAAAUAACAAGAAAAAAAAAACUAAGCCUAAAAUGAAGUUAAUAAUAAUUAAAUUAAAGAAAAAUAGUUAUUCGUUACUAUAAAUGGAAACUUGAAAUGUGUAAACAAAGGGUGCUAAAAAGAAUAUAAAGAAGAAGAAAAUAAUGAAAAUGCUUGUAUUUAUCAUUCCGGAAAUCCCAUUUUUCAUGAUUUGAAAAAAUAUUGGAGUUGUUGUUAAAAUAGCUUAUGAUUGGGAUGAAUUUAUGAAAAUAUAACCUUGUUG